AUGUCAUUUUACAACCCAGGACUAGCCAACGAAGGCAACAACUUUUACCAGUCUUCUGCUCCUUUUCAGGUUCCUCAAGGAUCCAUGUCUUUUUCGCAACAACCGGCAUCUGGAACAGCGUUUGCGCGCGAGCCAUUGGCCACCGGCCUACUUAAUGCACUUUCUACUAAGGGCUAUCCCGACGAGCUGCCUCUUUUGGAAGAGGUUGGGAUCAACUUUUCCCACAUUGUGAGCAAAACCAAAAUGGUUCUCACACCUUUGCAAAGGGCAGACUCGCUUCCUCUCGAUGUCGUAGCAGACUGCGAUUUAGCAGGCCCGCUGAUUUUCUGUCUCCUGUUCGGCACGCUGCUACUGGCUGCAGGGAAAGUGCAUUUUGGAUACAUCUACGGUGUAGCACUGUUUGGAACAGUAUCAUUGCACACGCUUUUGAAGUUGAUGGGAAGCGGUAGCAAUACCAGCGGGACCACCGUCGAUGGAGCACAUCGUCAGUCUGACCAGCUAUUUCUCAGAACGGCUUCGAUUUUGGGCUACUGUUUCUUGCCCUUGUGUCUGUUAUCCCUGGUUGGUGUUUUCGCCUCGCUCAACAACGUUUUAGGAUACACACUUGCUUUGGUUUUCGUAUGUUGGUGCACUUGGUCCUCGUCAGGAUUCUUCACGGCUGCCAUGCACCUCCACAACACCAGGGUUCUCAUUGCAUAUCCGUUGUCUAUUUUUUACAGUGUCUUUGCACUAAUGGCCAUAUUCGUGUAA